AUGUCUGCGAAUAAACGAAGCAUGUGGAGACAAGACGCCGUUGAUAUCGCCUCCGCGGCUGCCCAGAAGCAGAAGCGUAUCCGCAAGCCCACUCUGAUUGGGACUUUACCCGGCACGCGGGACAGCUCCAGCAGUUUGGAACCCGGGAUCCCUACGCGGGUUUCACAAGAGCUCAGCCAGUCAGAGGAACUUAUCAAGGGGCGCUCCAUGGCGGCAGGCCCGGUAAAACUGUAA